GCCCUUGAAUCGUUCGGGGAUUAUUUUCCUUUUUAAGAUAAAUUCAAUUUUUAAAAGGUGGUCAAAAGAUAUACUACAAUAGGAAAAUUACCCCUCGCACAACGAAAAAGAAUUCUACCAAGGUCACAAUAGAUGGUAUUACUAAGGCUGCGUGUAGCUGUAGUUGGUGCCCCCACUUCAGGCAAGACAGCCUUUGUGCAGAUGGUGCACAGCAAUGGUACCACCUUCCCAAAGAAAUAUCUUAUGACAAUGGGCUGUGAUUUUGUAAUAAAGGAGGUCAGGGUAAGUGAAGGAGACUCCGUAGAGGUCACAAUACUGGACGUGGCCGGUCAAAAGUUAUACGAACAAAUGGUCCCUGUCUAUCUUGAGACUGCCAAUGCCUUUAUUGUAAUGUACGAUAUAUCGAAUCGGUCUACCUUUGAGGAAUGUGAAAAGUGGGUGAAUAAAUUACGAGAAGUGCGUUGUGAUCUCCCGUUGCUUCUUGUUGCAAACAAGUCGGACCUGAUGGAUAAAAGUGAGGUCAGUGAUGCUCUUGCCCAGUCAUUCGCUGGAUCACACAAAAUGAAGUUUUUCAAAUGCUCCGCGUUGCGCGCCACAGGGAUCGAUGAACCAGUGGAAACCCUUGCACGCCAAUUUCUAGAGAACUAUGAAAAUCGGUUGGAGUUGCUCUCUCAAAUCCCUUGAGUGAUGAAACUUUUUAUUUUCGUACACACUACAUUUAUUCGCAGGAUAUAUGCGUGUAUAUUGUGACUUUUCUUUGAUUCAUUUGAGCCUCAGUAUUGCCUACAAUGUAAACAAAAAUUUUGAAAAAUGGGCGCCUGAUACCUGUGUGGAUAUUUACAUUCAUUUUAUGGUCAU